CCCACCCCAACAUGGGCGUUCGUAUAGAUGUGCGAUCCGGGUCACGCAUGACACGAAAAGCGUCCACGUUAGCCUCCUCCUCUUGUUGUAGCUCUCUCCUCUCCCCUUUCUCCCUCAUCAACGCCGUGUUGGGCCAUUCCGAGCUGCUUCCAGCUAGAGCGCACAAAGUCCUCCCCCUCCAAAUCCUCUCUAUUUAUCACCACCAUUCCUCUCCGAUCUCCUCCAAGCUUGCUUCAUUCCUUCUGCGCUCCGUCGAGCUCCCACGGGUCAUCAACUCCAGCGACGGCGGCCGGAUCGAGCGCGAUCCACGACCGCAACGCGCCUUCGCUUCAUCACCACAUAGGUUCAGGAAAGAGGUGAAGGUCAGCUAUGAAGGGGAGCAGGCUGAUUACUCUUCUGUUUCUCGGGUAUCUCGCAGCAGCUGGACAGUGCUACCAAUAUCAUGGUUGACCGCUACAUGAAGGCAAAAUCAACGUGAAAAUGUGCAUCCCAAGGAACUGUGACGAUCCAAAUAACGAAGUCGGAUCCAAAGGGUGCUACUACUGCGUCUCACGUCCGGGCAAAGCGUCAUGUUGGCACAAGUUGAAGGAAUGCCAAGCAAAUUGCCCAACCUGCACCCCGAAUUGCCCACCGGGCUCGGCAAUUGAAUUUGAAGCAUGCACAUGAGUGCUUGAAUUAUUAUGUUCAUGUUCGAUACUGUAAGUUAGCUCAGUGAUAUUCGAGCAAAAUAAAUGUGUUGAUGGACAUGUACCUUUGCCUCUAGUUUGUGCGUCCAAUCUGGUAAGAUUGGUUUCAGCUAAAUGUAUGUCAGGGUUCAUGAUCAAUAAAGUGAAACGAAGAAUGGUCCCUCUUGGCCGUUCUUCAUGUA